AUUCAUUCGAUAUCAUCUAAACUAGUAAAGAGAAGAAGAAAAAAACAAAACAAGACGAGAUCGAAAAAUGGAUAGCUCUAAUGUGCAAAAGAGAGGUAGCAUUGCCUUUUGGGCAACCUAUCGACCACCCGUUCCACUCGACAUAUACGCCGCCGCCUAUCCCACCGUGUCCGCAACCGAUGAGACGCUAAUGACGGACGAGGACUUUUUCUACAACCACCACGGCCAAGUCAUCCCCCCAUCAGCUCUUAAGACUAUUCUCAAGCGCCCACUGUUGGCUUCCCUCGGCAAAGACGUUGAUGUCGACUCAGGUAAACUCUCGGGCAUUAUUUUUGUUUCGGAGCGAACUAAAGGCCUCGAGACUCUUCAUAUUGCUCUCCUCUACCGUGACCGGACACCCAAAGUCAAAGUUUUCAAUUUUGCUGAAUUAUACGGCACCUUCAAUGGUGUUCGUAUGGAGGAUAGUGCAUGUUUUGCAGGUGAUUACCUUAUCUAUGUCUCUACUAUGGAGCCUGCCAUUGAGCCUCAUCAGCCUUGGACUGCUGUUUAUAAAACCAAUCUAAAGACUGGCGAAACUAAACGCCUAACUCCACAAGGGCAAGCCGAUUUGAAUCCAUCGGUGUCGCCGGAUGGAAAGAAGAUAGCAGUUGCAUCUUUUCAGUUAAAGGCAGAUGGUUGGAAUGGCGAGGUUGAAGAUUUGAAGACUAGCAUUUGUGUUUUUGAUGUUGAACACCCCUUGAAUCGUGAGUUUAUUAUAAUAGAUGGAGGUUGGCCAACUUGGGGAAGUGACCAUGUCUUAUUUUUCCACCGCAACAUCGAGAAGGUCAUGGCGCAAAAACGUUGGGGUGUGUUCCGGGUUGAUCUUCGUAUGGGUCCCACAUCUGUGACUCGAGUAACCCCGACGGAGAUCAAUGCCAUGACUCCGGCGGCCAUCAACGAGACCAAAGUGGCGGUGGCCACCAUUCGUCGUAAAUUUACAUUUGAUACACAGGAUGAACGUGAAGAAGAUCAAUACCGACACAUUGAGAUUUUUGAUACAAACCAACCAAAAACCGAAUCCGAAAAAAUAACUCUUACAACCAGACCCAAAGCUGACCAUUUUAAUCCCUUUAUAAUUGAUGACAAUGGUGGACAAAUGCGUAUUGGUUACCAUCGUUGCAAUAGCGAUAAAGUUAACACAUAUAAUGUGGUUGACAAAGAUUUCUACGAGCUACAAUCUCCGGCUAGCGAUGUAGGACUAUUGAGGGUUUCAGGUGUCUUUCCAACAGUUUCAGCUUGUGGCAACAAACUUGCAUUCGUUGACAAUGAGUUCAAGGCCGUAUGGCUUGCCAACGACAAAGGGUUACAUGUGGUUUAUCAGGAGAAUGAGUCGAACAGGUUAUUUUCGCCGGUGUGGAACUCAAAGAAGGACACACUCUAUGUGUGCGUUGGACCUUCUUUCAAGAAAAGUGAGACUGUUCAAAUAUUGGCUAUUAGCCGUGUGUCCGACGAAGAUAGGACUAUCAAAUAUCUGACGGACGAGGGUCACAAUAGUGCUUUCCCAUCAACCAAUCCUGAUGGUACAAGGCUAGUAUAUCGAUCUACAAAGGGAUCUCCAAAGGAAGGGUACAAGAAUCUAUAUAUAAUGGAGAACGCAGAAUUAGGGGAAUUUGAUGGAGGCAAAGUAACAAGGCUAACCGAAGGAAAUUGGGUAGACACACAUUGUAAUUGGUCUCCAAAUGGAGAUUGGAUUGCAUUCUCAUCAACUCGUUCGAAUCCGAACGCUAAAAAACUUGAAGACCUACCUGAUGCGGGAUUUUUUGCGGUGUACCUAGUGAAGGCCAAUGAUAAAAAUGUGGUUGUGAAAGUUAUCGACAGCGGAAAUUCUUAUUUAGGAGGCUCUUUUCCGGGUCAUGUGAACCACCCAAUAUUUAGCCCGGAUGGAAAGAGUCUUGUUGUUACGGCUGAUCUUGCUGCGGUGUCUUGUGAUCCUAUUUCGAUGCCGCUUUUCGUUCACUCCGUGAGACCGUACGGAGACAUAUUUGUGGUCGACAUAGAUACAAAUGAUAUUUACAAGAACGAGAAUUUGAAGAAAUUUAUCAGGGUUACACAUAGUAGAUAUGAGAAUGCUACUGCUACUUGGUCUAUGGCUUCUGCUAAGGACUUAAAUGCGAAAUGGGAAGUAACAAUAAAUGAUAAUAGUAAUGAGCAUGCGAAGAUGUAUGUGCCACAAUGCCCAUUUGUUCAUCAAAGUGGAGCUGAAAGCCUUCACAUGAUUGGCCAUCUUUGCAUCAAGAAAAGUUGUUGUUGAUCUAUCUUUGACACGUUCGAUCGGUCCAACGAAGAAUUUGAUCCAAAGGUUUGUGUAUAUUUUGAUGGUAAAGGAUGUUAUCCCUAAAAAACUUUCGAAGGUGAUUUCUGUAAUAUAUAAGUGUGUUGCGAUUGUAUAUGUAUGGUGUGUUUGUAUUCAAAUUAUGUUGGUUGUGAUUUGUAUGGUACGUAUGGUGUGUAAGUGUGUGGGUUGAGCUCUUCAAUUAAGCUUUAAUUUUAUAAUUUAUCCUAGCUUGGUAAGGAUGUAUAUAUGUAUAUGUGCUAUAGCUUUCUGAAAA